CAGCCCGUCCCACCCCAGGCGGAAAAGCGAAGUGAAUCUUCCGCGCUUCUGAUUCUGGAGGAUCGUGUUUAAAAACCGACAACUUUAUAGUCUCGCUUCAGUCUGCGAGGACCGUCGCGCUUACAGGACAGCUGGUCACAAAGCGGGAGCGGCCAUGGAGGAAGGCGGCAACAUGUACGAAGAGCCGCGGAGGGGCGGGGGACCUCCUGAAGGAGGCGAAAUUGAUGACGUGAUGAAUGGACCUGUCCGGAAUGGGCCAGAAGUACAGCUGGAGGACUUUGUGGGGGCUCAUGCAGAAUACAAUGAAGAAGAAGAAGAACGAAAGUACUUCCGCCGUAAGCGUCUUGGAGUUGUCAAGAACCUUUUGGCAGCCAGCAUAGCUGGAAUGCUGACCUAUGGGGUUUUUCUAGGCCUGCUUCAGAUGCAGCUCAUCUUGCAUUAUGAUGAGACCUACCGGGAAGUGAAAUAUAGCAAUCUUGGGCUACAGAAUAUUGAUAGCAAAAUGCUGCUGGGCAUCAGCAUCACACCCCUUGCCGCAUUUCUCUAUACUCCAAUAUUUAUCAGAUUUUUUGGCACUAAGUGGAUGCUGUUCUUGGCAGUGGGCAUCUACGCACUUUUUGUCUCCACUAACUACUGGGAGCGCUACUAUACUUUGGUACCAUCUGCGGUGGCAAUUGGGGCUGCCAUUGUACCUCUUUGGGCAUCUCUGGGCAACUACAUCCUCAGGAUGGCACAAAAAUACUAUGAAUAUGUGAACUACAAGCUGGAACAUGUCCAGGAGCAGAAACGGGCACCACGUGGUGCCUACAAUUCCUACAUCAUUACCUUCGAGGCUGUCUUCUAUGGCUUCUUCUUUUUGAGCUUUGUCUAUGCCCAGUUUCCCAUGUUUUUCUUCUUGAAGAACUAUCUCUUUGAGCUGAACCACACACUUUAUGACGUCAAGAAUUGUGGGACUGCAAGCCAUGGGAUCCUCAUUGGGUUCAACACCACAGUUCUCCAGAAAUUGCCUCGCAGCAGUGAGCUCAUCAUAGUGGAGAGUGUGCUGAUGGGAGUAGCCUUCCUCUCCAUGCUUAUGGUGUUGUUUCUUUGUGGCUCUGCUUAUCGCCCCACGGAGGAGAUUGACCUGCGUAACAUUGGAUGGGGCAACAUCUUCCAGCUCCCUUUCAAGCACAUGCGAGAUUAUCGUCUGCGCUGCCUCCUCCUCUUCUUCAUCUACAGUGGCUUUGAAGUGCUCUUCCUUUGCACUGGCUUUACUUUGAACUAUGGUGUCUGUUCUAUCGGCCUGGAACACAUGGCUUAUAUUCUCACUGCUUAUGGAAUCUCAUCUGCUCUUGGCUCUACUCUGGCGCUAACUAUGCUGAGGCUGCCUCGUCAAGUUCCCCUCCUUACUGGAGCUUCUAUUCAUGCCAUCAUCUUGAUUGCCCUCUUCUGCUGGGAGCCUCAACCCAAAAACUUAGCUGAAGCACCCAUAAUCUACCUGGUGGCUGCUUUCUGGGGCCUUGGCAGUGCCCUCAACAAGACAGGGCUCAGCACACUUCUGGGGAUGCUUUAUGAAGACAAAGAACGGCAGGACUUCAUCUUCACCAUCUACCAUUGGUGGCAAGCCUGUGCCAUGUUUGUUGUUUAUUGCUGGUCUGAUAUGCCUAUGAAGGCUAAAUUAUCCAUCGUGCUUAUUACUUUGGUUGCUGCCGUGUUUUCCUACAUAUGGAUGGAACGUAAGAUAUCCCAGAGUGUUCCCCACCGUCUCCCUAAAAUUCCCAAGCCUCGCCACAAACUGCGAGGUUACCGCUACCUAGAGGAGGACAACUCUGAUGCAACUGAUUCAGAGGAGGAAAAGGAAGAGGACGAGCAGAGGGAGGCGGAGGCAGAAGGCAAUGAACUUGAUGGCUCACCACACUGCCCUCGGCGGAGGAGACAACAUGCCUAUGGGGAGGCCUUUGGGGAAGAAGUUGGGGAUAUCAGGGGGUAGUUCCUGCUUUGCUUUCACUGUGACCCUAACAAUAUGUGCCAAAGACUAUGAAUCUCAAGUGCCUUAGAUUUCAACUUCCCGCUACAUCACUAAUGUUUUCUUCUUGGGAUUGGUCCUGUAAUGUUUUAACUUGGCCUUGGAAAGACUGUGUGAAUUACGUCCUUGGAUUGGUUUUCAAGUUUAGUAAAUCUGGGUCCAUGUUUUAGUCUGAAGAAUGGGUCAUUUGAGUGCUUCUGAGCUUGGUUGUUUCCUUGCAUAUGUUUCAUUAUCCAAACUAGGUAACAUGUUCAGUGUAGCAGGGAGUGAGAUUUGCUCUCAUUUUAUAUUCUUAUGGCUUGCCCUGUCAGUGUUGGUCGGAGUGAGAUUUGCUGGGUCAUUUAAAAUGGGUCAUUUGUAAUAAGUCGAUUUUAGGACUUCCCCCUGCUUUGUCCUCGCUCUCUAACAGUGGGAGUUACUAGGUACUCAAGUACAAAUUUUCUUGAAACAGCCUUAAUGGAUUUUGAAAGGUGAGUACUUUCAAAAGUUAUUUAUGAGAAAAUCCUUGGGAAGCAGGGAAGGAAGGAGGGGUAUACUGAUACUUACUUAACAGGUACUUAUGAGGUAACUCUUUGGAAGCAAGAAAGGGAGAGCGAUACAAUGGCCUUCCUUAUAAUUUAGAUAUACAGUGAUAUAUACAAAAAUAUAUUAAAUCCAUUUCUAAGGUGACUGUGUCCAUAAGUGAAAUAAAUAACAAGCUGGAAGUGUCAAGUAAA